AUGAACCUUAUACAUCUUUGUAUAUUAUUGGUUAUUGUUGAUCAAUGUUAUGCUAGUCCACUUGAAGAUAUUUCUGCUAUGCCUGAUUUAAGUUUAUUUUAUCAACAACUAAUUCGCCAACCAGAUCUGCAAGGGUUAUUACAAGAUAUCUAUCAAUCUCAACAGCCCAUGAUCACAGGAGAGUUUACUAUAUUUGCUCCGAGUAAUGAUGCGAUGGCUCGCAUCAAUCGUCGAAAUGAAGACCCUAAUCUGCUUUGGAAGUAUCAUAUUGUACCUGGCCGCUAUGAUGAUCAAGCACUCUAUAAUCUGGCACAAGAAAAGUUCAAUCAGGCCAGUCCACGACAAAUGACGGAUGCUCGACCACAGAAUAGUCUACUAACGUUGGCUGCUCCCUUUCAGGUCUUCUACGGCGUGGGCUUUUAUGGUGGUACAGGUCCAUAUAUAAAUGUAAGUUAUGAUAACACAGGUUAUGGUCAAGGUGGAGGCCCUGGAUCUCCAGGGGCAGCAAUCAACAUAACGAAUACUUUUCAAAGUUCUCUACCACUCAAUCCAUAUCUCGUCAACACAAACAAUUAUAAUCCAAAUCAACAAAGCCAAACCUAUGUUGUUGCGCAAGGCAGUGCAUCAUCUGGAAAUCCGAAUUUAUUUCCACCAAAUUUGACCAAUUAUUACACGAAUGUGUUCAAUCCAAAUGUCAACACACAAUUUCUUCAAAAUGCUAAUCCGCCUACUUCGAACUUCAACCCUAAUUUUCAGCAGCCGCAACAACAACAACAACAAUAUUUUGGACCAAUCAAUUAUCCUGGAAUCGGAAUACCACGUCCAACAAUUAACAAUGCUUUCGUAUUACAGUCACGCACGAUGAGUCGUGGUGUGAUCAAUGUGAUUGAUAAUAUUCUAUGGCCUCCUGAAAGACGCGCUCAAACACAAUUCAAAACUGCUUACGAUGCUCUUGAAGAUCCACAGUUUUCGCGUCUUCGAUUACUGGCUGAUCGUAGUGAAUAUUUUCGUUCGGAAUUACGUUCAGUAAAUCAGCAAACUUGGUUUCUACCAAAUGAUCAGGCAUUUGCCAGUUACGGUACUGGUUUAAGUUUUCUAUUUGAACCAUUGACUGUAGAAAAUAUAAACGAUAUAAAUGAUUUUAUCAAAUCACAUAUUGUUCCACUUGUACUAUAUCCAAGUGUAAUGGAUGCAAGUAAACAAAUAAGUACAUUGAGUAUUGGUAAAUGGGUUACAUUUCGCAAAACUGCACAAUCGGAAGCGGCAUUUCAAGUUGAUGUCGUUUCAAAUCGACAAAUUGCGCAUAUUGUAACGUCACGGCCAGAAGAUAUCAAAAUCUAUGGUAAUGGCGUCGUCUAUCCAGUUACUGCAAUUCUUAGUGGCCCUGCUCGAUCAGCUGCUGAUGAACUUGCUCGAAGUUAUCAAUAUUUUAUGGCUUUGAUUCAACAAUCGGGUGAUACAGAAUUAGUGAAUUUAUUACAAGGUAACACGGCUGGUUUAGGCAAUACGGGCCCAAAUAUAUUCAAUCCACAAAAUUUGUUGAACAUCACUGUGCUUAUUCCACAACAAAUAGCUGUUCAACAAUUAGGAAACUCGCAAGAAUUGAGCAAGAAUUUGCGUCGACAUAUUUUACGUUUUCCUGUGUAUACUGACCAAUUCUUGAUGGGAUCCAAUACAUUUAUUCAGCAGCAGCAACAACAACCACCUUUCGUUCAAACUGGCUUUCAGGGACCAAUAUUUCAAAGAUCAAAUUCGGCCCCUAAUAAAAAUGUGCCACGACGUCGCCGUCGUCGACGACAAUUGAAUAUACCGCCUAAUAUUAAUUUUCAACAACAGCAACAAAUGCCACUAGUUCAACAACAGCAACAGAUACCAUUAGUUCAACAACAACAACAAUUACCAAUAAUUCAACAACAGCAACAAAUACCAUUAGUUCAACAACAGCAACAAUUACCAAUAGUUCAGCAGCAACAGCAGCCGCUCAAUCCAACACAAAAUCCAAGUUAUUAUCAAAUCCCAACAUUUCCUUCUUCAGCCAUUUUUCAAGAUGGACAAAUAUAUCCUACCAUGGAUCCAACAUUCUCCAUUCAAGCACAAAUUUCAAGUGGACCGAACGGAAAUGUGGUAACAUUAAUUGGUCGCCCGGAAAAUUCUCUCCCGUUCACAGCUGCAAUACUCAAUUCUGAAUCGAAUAUACCUAUUAAAAAUGGUGUCAUGCACGUUAUUCGAGGUAUUCUAUCUGGAACAGUUAUUCCAAUAGAUACUGUGCUUUCCACAAUGCAAGGUGCAAGUUCAUUUACGCAACUAAUGCAGCAAACAGGCGUCAUCGAACAACUGAAACAAUCUGGACGACCAUAUACUCUCUUCAUUCCAACUAACACUGCCCUACAAUCAAUUGGUGUUACAGCUGACUUUAAUCGAAUCCGACAGUUUGUUCUUCGUCAUAUAUGUUCUGAUGUUCUUCUGGAUCCAAUGACAAACGUCUUGCGUCGUUCUGGUGGUUAUUUUAGUCGUAGUCAAAUGCCUGCAGCUCAAUCGCAAUCACGAUCACAAUCACAAUUGUAUCAAGCUAUAAAACGAUCUCGUCGAAAACGGCAAGAUUGGGCUGAUACCUGGAGAAAUGGAACAAUUUCUACGGGAGGACAAACCUUCCGAGCACCAGAUCUUGGUCCAGGUUAUUUUCAACCUCAACAACAAGUUUAUGGAGGAUAUCCUGCUGCGCCGUCACCCUUUUGGUCAUACAAUCAAUUAUACAAUCCAGGUUAUGUGAUGAGUGGCUAUGCUAAUCCCAAUUCGGAAUAUUUUCCCGGCUAUAAUGGUACUUAUGCCGGUGCAGGUCAUUUCGAUUAUCAAUCGUUGGGUGUACCUAGCCAAGUAGCACCUGAAGGUGUUUGGAAUCAUAGUGUUAAUGGUGUGUUCAAUCCACAACUCAAUGUUGUACCCAUUACUGGAUCGACUAUUGGCAAUGUUGGCGGUCAAAGUUAUUAUGCAGGCUCAGGUGGAUUUUACAGCGGUGCUAAUUAUGUUACUGGACCGCAAUCAUGUACGGCUAUGACAGGUGACCGUAUUACUAUUCAACCAUUACCCAAUGCACAACCUUCAGGUUUGGGUCCAUCAUCAUCUUAUCAAAGUUAUGUGGUAACUUGCUGUGGUGAUCAGUCUGUUAAUAGUAUGGUUCAAUCAUUCAAUGUCUACCCUCCAAGUUAUGCAGUCUACAUCAUUGGCCGAUCAUUACUAGGCUACGGUCAAACAAUUGCCAACAUGUACAAUCAUGCAAUCAUCCUGUAUCCGUCUUAUUUUACUCUAGUGCUCUUCACUAUUUUAUCGAUCUGUAUGAAACAUCUCUAA